CAGCGUGCCAAAAUGGAACAACGAACAAGUAAACUCCUCGUGAUUCUUCUUCUAGUUCAAGGUUUGAUCAAAGUAGUGCACAAUCAGUGUGACGGAGUUUGUGUACCGAUGGGAAAAUGUCCCGCCAACGAUUUUGGUGGAGCCUUUGUAUUUGACGUACGAGUUGGUGCUGAUGAAGAAAUUGAAGCCGAUUGCAAUCAUUAUCUGGAGGUUUGUUGUGAUAAAGACGCUGUAACACAAGAAGUGGUCACAAUUCCCUCAGCUGGACGAGGAUCAGGCACAGUAAUUAAAGAAUCAGUCGACCAAACGGUCAAUUCAGCUACGACUGAAUUUCGGGAAUGUGGGUUCCGAAAUAUAGACGGUGCUGGUUUCAGGAUAACAAAUGCCAACAAUGGAGAAACUGAAUUCGGCGAAUUUCCUUGGAUGGUGGCACUUUUUAGUCAAGAUAACGAGGGCGCGGACAAAACAUACUUUUGUGGCGGUUCAUUGAUUAAACCCAAUAUCGUACUAACAGCGGCCCAUUGCAUUAUCAAUCGCUUAGAAAAAAUCUUGGUUGUUCGUGCUGGUGAAUGGGAUACAAAGACGGAGUUUGAAGUUUUGCCUUAUCAGGAGCAACGAGUAGCUCAAGCCAUCAUCCACAACAACUAUAAUGCGCAGUUUUUGUUCAACGAUGUAGCGCUGUUAGUUUUAGAGCAAGCAUUCGUAGCGGACGAAAAUGUGCAGCUGCUCUGUCCGCCCCCUCAAGGAAUUGAAUUCAAUGACGAAAAUUGCGUAGCUACGGGUUGGGGAAAAGAUAAAUUUGACUCAGUUAGUUACCAGGUAAUCAUGAAGAAGGUUGAACUGCCGAUCGUUUCCAAUGCUGACUGUCAAACAGCGUUGAGAGCUACCAGGUUAGGACGUUCCUUCCGACUGCACAAUUCCUUCAUUUGUGCCGGUGGUAUGGAGGGCAUCGAUACCUGUACUGGAGAUGGUGGAUCACCGCUUGUGUGUCCGAUUCCCAACGAAGUAAAUCGAUACUAUCAAGCAGGUAUAGUUGCUUGGGGCAUCGGUUGUGCUCAGGACAGUGUUCCAGGUGUUUACGUAAAAGUUAGUCUUUAUAGUGAUUGGAUAGAAGAGCAAUUAGGAAAUUUAAUCACGAACUUAUGAGAAAAAACAAUCGACAACAAAGAGGCGAGAAGUCAAAAGUAACUGAAAAUCUGAAAACAUGUAACAUUAUUUAAAAUUCUAUCACACGGUUUAUUCUAUUAGAGCUUGGAUUUUUCUACCUUGGAAA